UUUUGUUAUCAGUUGUCAACAGAUGGUGAUAGAUCCGCUGAGUUUGUUAUAAAUACCAUCUGCAUAUGAAUGUAACUUUGAAGACCAGAUUUUCUUUUUGUUCUCAUGUACCAAUCUACCAUGCUGGUGCAAAAGCUAAGUGGAGUCACUUUGCUGCUGUUGCUGUGUCAACAUGCAUGUUUCCUCUCUGCAAGUGGCAUUGCAAAAAAACUAGUGACCUGUGAAGGAGGAUCUGCGUCCCUCAGUUGUCCCUCUGGAUUCAUACAUAUCCUUGGUGCCAACUAUGGACGGACUGAUGGCAAAACAUGCUCUGCUGGAAGACCAUCUUGGCAGCUCUCAAAUGUUAAAUGCUUCCAAAAAGCAUCCCUCCAUACGAUGAUCACUCGGUGUAAUGGAAGAAACAGCUGCUCUGUUUCUGCAGUGAACUCAGUUUUCAAAGAUCCUUGUGUUGGGACGUAUAAAUACCUGAAAGUGUCUUAUGAGUGUCGCCCAGUUAAGCAGCACAUAACAUGUGAAGGUAGCAAGAGUCACAUUGCCUGUGAGAAGGGUGUUAUUUUUGUUCAUCAUGCCAAUUAUGGACGGCGGGAUCUUGGAAAAUGCCCAUAUAAAUUAGCAACUACAACACACUGUUACUCUUCUCAGACUGCCCGUAUAAGUUCCAGGUGCAACGGAAAGAAGACUUGUCAUGUAAUAGCUUCAAAUUCGGUGUUCUCUGAUCCGUGUAAAAACGUCCGUAAGUACCUGGAAGUGACGUACUCCUGCAAAAAAGCAUGAUCUGCAUCAGUCGGUGAGGAAACCACCUGGAAGAGCAGAAGCAGCACAUCCUUUUCUUUAGCACUGUUAUUUCUGUUUCUGUUUUCUUUAAAUCUGCUUUGAAACUGUUUAUUGCAAAAAGCUUCAUACAAAUAAAUUGCAGUUGAAAUGAAA